AUGCGCAUAUUUUUCGCUGGAUACAUUAUGAGACAAUCAAGGCUGAUCCUUCAGCUCCUAGUGCAAACUGUAGGAGAUUUGAAGGCAUCGCCUUUAAACGACACCGCCAUCCGUGUGAGCUGGACCAAGCCACGUCCUGAGAAUGACUUUAAAGACGAGUACUACGUUACCAUCUCCAUUCCAGGAUAUGGGCGGGAAAUUACAACCAAUAGCACAUCAAUCAUCGUAGGCGACUUGAACCUUUUCAAGUUGAACAAGAUCACCGUACAAGCUGUUUGGACCAAUGGCACAGUUGUUUCCAAGGGCGCAUCAACCUCCGUGCAGAUGCCUUCUACUGUGCCAACUGUAGGAGAUUUGAAGGCAUCGCCUGUAAACGACACCGCCAUCCGUGUGAGCUGGACCAAACCACUUCCUGAGAAUGUCUUCAAAGACGAGUACGACGUUACCAUCUCCAUUCAAGGUUAUGAUCGGGAAAUUACAACCACUAGCACAUCAAUCAUCGUGGGCGACUUGGAUCUUUACAAGAUGAACAGCAUCACCGUACAAGCUGUUUGGGCCAAUGGCACAGUUGUUUCCAAGGGCGCAUCAACCUCAGUGCAGAUGCCUUCUACUGGUGCAUCCACUCCCAGUAAUCACAAUGGCACCCCUGCCAAUGCAAAAAGUUCCGGUGCCAAUAUUUUGGCUUGGAACUGCAACUUCUAUCUACUUGUCUGUACUUUACUCGGACUGUCUGUUCUGAUGUAA